GUUAGAUUUUGAAAAGGAAAAAAACCCAAAAAAUAGGGCCCAACCAUGUAAACUAUAAAUAAAGCUCCAUUGCAAAAUCUACGGCCAGUAGACAACUGAAUUUUGACAAAUUGGUAUAAACAAAGGGGAGAAAUAUGAGCUUUUUGGCCGGAAGAUUGGCCGGGAAAGAGGCGGCAUACUUCAUUCAGGAAUCCAAACACGCCAUCGGCCGGCUUGUCCAGAAAAACACGACCCAGAAGUUUCCGGCGCAGCCACCGCCUUCUUCCCAUUCACCGGCGGACGGUGAAUUGCAAGCCGACAUUCUUCCCGAGGUCUUACGGCACUCUCUGCCCUCUAAAAUCUUCAGGGAGCAAUCUGCAGACUCUAAUGGCUCCCUCGUUACUUCUAAAUGGGUUCUUCCUUCUGACCCGAAUCGUCGAUCCGUAUCUUCAGAUGCUCUCAACCCUCUUAGGGCUUUCCUCACCCUUCCCCAGGUUACAUUCGGCCCCAAAAGGUGGGAAUUGCCUCAAUCUGAAAACUCAGUCUUGGCCUCAACUGCUAAUGACCUGCGCGCCGACAAGCAUACUACCAUCAAUCCUGAGAAGUUGAAGGCUGCUGCUGAAGGCCUUGCACAUGUUGGAAAGGCAUUUGCUAUAGCUACUGCGCUUGUCUUUGGUGGUGCUACCUUGAUCUUUGGAUUCACAGUGUCCAAGCUCGAUCUCAACAAUUCCAACGAGAUUCAAACAAAAGGAAGAAACCUGAUUGAACCAAAGAUGGAGAUGAUUAGAGAGCAACUGGUUCCCUUCAAAACAUGGGCUGAGGAUAUGUCGAAGAAAUGGCAUGUAGAAAGAGAUAAAGAUAUCAAGGAGAAGCCUCUCAUAAAGGAACUCUCAAAGACUUUGGGUGCCAAGACUCCCAACUGAACUGUACAUUUUUUUACCUUCUGUUGUUUAUCAUGUAUAUCUGUAAAUAAUAGAGUUCCAUAUUCCUAUCUUCACAGAUGGAGUGGUGAAUUUUACUGCUCGCUAGCGAAGUUAUAUAUAAGAUCGAUGUUGCUUUAAUGCCUGAGACCGAAACUAUAGGACUUUACCACUUCCUGUUUCUUUCUCAAUCUUGUUCUUCACAGCUUGUAAUCUAAACCAGCUCCAUACUUCCAGGCCUCAA